GUCUUGGUAGCAAGCCGAGCGAGGCUGGUUUGCGUUCUCAUAGAACGUCAACAUAGCAAGCUAACCAGCUGACAAUAUAAACUCUCUAUAUUGUACGAGGGCGUCUAAACAACAUUAUUUAACUUCGACUUAAUAGAUUUCAUUGCUAGUCUAUUUUACGAGUGAACUGGCUAACAUUAGAGUUAGCUACACGCGUUUAAUUCGUAGCGAAGAUUCGUAGCCAAAUGACCUGUUAGCAUAACCAGCAUACUCCUUUAUGACACUUUGAGUGAAAGGUAACCGCUAGUUAUACUAGUUUUCCAGCUUCAGUCGUUAACGUUGGUGAACUUAAUCUACAGUAUGGUACCUACACGCAAAGCUAACCUAGCCAGCGAGGGUGGUGGAGGGCUGGCACGGGUAGUGGGGUGUACGUGGACCAUGAGAGAUAGUGGCGGCAGCCUGGCACAGAGUCGCUGGCAGAGUGAACUUGCCCUGGCUGGGGGCCAGGAAGGCAGUGGUGGAGGGGGCAUGGCAGGAAGGCAUCUCAUGGACACCUCUUCAACUCACCAUGCCCCCAGUCCUGUGCACCUCAAACUAGGCCUUCAGCCCAGAAGUUGGGAAGCGGAAUUUAUGGACCCUAAGGAAGAGGAUGGUGAUGAUGAAGAGAUAGAUUAUCAAGGUGGCAGCUGGGGGGAAAAAGUGGAUAUGGAGUGGGAAGCUCCACCAUUGUUGCAACUGCAGCUGCAACCACAGCAACAGUCUGGGCAUGAUACCGGGAACUUACCUGAUAGCCCUAAUGAAUCACUGCUCAGUGUGCUCAGGCCUUUUCAGCUGAGGCGGUGGCAGAAGAACCGGACUCUUGGGAGCCUACGAUGUCACUUGGCCCACCACUGGAAAACCUGGCGCCAGCGGGCCCAGAGGGUGGGGAUUUUGGGGCACAGGUUGCCCAAGAAGUUGCGCCAUUACAGAUGGUCUGGACGACAACAGCAUCUGAAUCUUAAGCUUAGUGGCAUCCAGACAGGAGAAGAACUUCUGAAAGGAGCUCCACUUGCCCUGCAGAGGGGAGCCAAGACUGACUCCCAAUUCUGUGGAGUGAAUGGCUUCCCUGGAGACUUCCGGAUUGGAAUUAGAGGAAGUGACUCAAUCUCAGAAGCCUCAGUUGAUGACCUUGCAGGCCCGCAUGACAAUUCCGCAUCCCAGAGCAUACAGAAUGCCCUGACUGAUGAACAAUUGACCUGUGUGCAAGGGAUACUGGACAAGUCUUUGCAGCAGUACGGCAGCCUUAUCCCCAUCCAUGUAGACGAGGUGGUGGAAAAGCUGCAGGACAUCUUCAGUGAGAGCUUCUCUCAGUCACACAGGAAGGCAGUGGUGCAGCACACAAUCCUCCAGCGGUUGUCGGGCACUGCCGUGGUGCGUGGGUUCCGUGUAAACUACAAACGACAUGUCCUCACAAUGGAUGACCUCACCACUCUCUAUGGACAGAACUGGCUCAACGACCAGGUCAUGAACAUGUAUGGGGAUCUGGUGAUGGACUCUGUGCCAGACAAGGUUCAUUUUUUCAAUAGCUUCUUUUAUGACAAAUUGAGGACAAAAGGUUACGACGGGGUCAAACGUUGGACAAAAAACGUGAACAUCUUCCAGAAAGAUCUUUUGCUGAUUCCCAUUCAUUUAGAAGUGCACUGGUCACUGGUUUGCGUGGACAUCCCACGACGAGCCAUUACAUAUUUCGACUCCCAACGCACCCUCAACCGCCGCUGCCCGAAGCAUAUUGCAAAGUACCUCCAGGCAGAGGCUGUCAAGAAAGAGCAGAAAGACUUUCUCACAGGGUGGAAAGGCUUUUUCAAAAUGAAUGUAGCCCGGCAGAAUAAUGACAGUGACUGUGGAGCUUUUGUUCUCCAGUACUGCAAGUGCCUGGCAUUGGGGCAGCCAUUCAGCUUUGGCCAGCAAGACAUGCCCAAGCUGAGGAGACUCAUGUACAAAGAACUGUGUCACUGCAAGCUCUCGCUGUGACACUGAGCAAAGGAGUGGGGUAGUGUGAGAGAGGCCACCCAUUUAUCCUCUUUCACCAUCCAGAACUCUGCAUACAGUGGACAUUUUUUUCUCCCCUUGUAAUUUAUCUUCCAGCCCUGAUUUUUUAUUUUCAUGUUGGAAUUUUCUUUUUUUGGGCCAAGACUGACUGAGGCCAGCUGGGGAAAGUACGACAUAAUACACAUUUGGACUGUAAGGAUCUCUAUACAGACUGUCACCUUUUGAGUCUGGCCAAAUGAUGGCAUGCUAGGAUUGGAAGAGUAAUUGCUUUUUCAUUUCUAAUUCUUUUUAUGACAGUAACUGGUAAGCUAUGCUUAUUGAAAAAGAUAAGGUGAGGUUUGGUAAUUCUUAUUUUUUAAAUAAAUAAUGGACGGUGUCAGGUAUAUAAUAUAUUUUUAAACUAUGGUUACUAUGUUCUAAGUAUUAAUGUUGCUGAAUAUCCUUUUUUGGAGGGGUGGAUAUGGCUUAUUGCAGGGAUACUCAAAUCUGGCCCUCGAGGUCAAUAGUAGUUUUGAUUUUCUCUUCUGCCCGAUAGUCCAUAGUCCAGUAAUGUCACAGAUUGGCCAGAGAUAACACUCACCUGACAUGUCAGGUUUAAAUCGGUCCCUCCCAGGGGGGAGGAAUAAAAACCAGCAGUAAUACUGGACCCCGAGGGUCAGAUUUGAGUACCUCUCACUUAGUGGAACAAAGUCAACUGUUUUAUAUAUUCAAAAUUGCAUUGUGAUGUCAGUAACUGAAAUAAACUAAAGGUUGAGACAAGGAAAUAAUGAAAAGCAAGAUUUCCUCUCACACCUGCUGCAUUGAAAUCAUUGUGAAAUACAGAAAUUCACGUCCAAUUGAGCCACAUAAAGGCAUAUGUGUUUAAAGUUUGUAUUUAAAGUAGGCAAAAUUACUAGUCGAAAUGGACUGUGUGACCUGUUCUCAUUGUGACAAAUUAUGUUUUACUCAUGUUCUUAGUUCAUUUUCAGUAUAUAGUAAAGGCCAUUUGCUAAUUGAGAGAAUGCAACUGUGCAAGAGUGAAUUGAGAUAUAAAGUUUCUGAGCUCUAAGCCUAUGGAUUUUUCUAA